AACUGAUCCUAGUAGCAUGAAGCCUUUUAUGUAAAAAUCUGGCGCGUCCCAGUGCUCUGAUUGGUCAAAUGAGUGUCACGAGACGCGGUACGGUAGAACCGUAGAACUCCUGCACUGCUGAGCUCGUGCCGUCUGUGAAAAUGAGUGAGUCUUUAGUUGUGUGUGAGGUGGAUGAAGACCUGGUGAAAAAGUUGCGGGAUUUCCGCUUCAGGAAGGAGACUAAUAAUGCCGCCAUCAUCAUGAAGAUUGAUAAAGACAAACAGCUGGUGAUUCUGGAGGAGGAGUAUGAGGAUAUUUCCCCUGAAGACCUGAAGAAUGAGCUACCAGAGAGACAGCCCAGAUUUUUAGUCUACAGCUAUAAGUACCAGCACGAUGAUGGGAGGGUGUCCUACCCUUUGUGUUUUAUCUUCUCCAGUCCUGUUGGAUGCAAACCUGAGCAGCAGAUGAUGUACGCCGGCAGCAAAAACAAACUGGUACAGACGGUUGAACUGACCAAGGUGUUUGAGAUCAGGAACACUGAAGACUUGACAGAGGAGUGGCUCCGAGAGAAACUGGGCUUCUUCCGCUAAGAAAGGACCGAACAAGCUAACACUCGUGUUUAAAGAGUGACCGAGAUGGGACCAUCACCUCCAAAAUGGAGAGAAUUCCAUAGUCCAUCUGAUAAUGUCUGAUUUUGUGUUUGAAUGCUUCCGCCCAAACUAUAAACCCGCCUGUGCUAGUUUAAGAUGACAAAAAUGUGAGGUGCAAAGAAAAUAAAAUGUGAAAGCAAAUUCCACAUAUGCACAUAUACAAUCGCUUGGAUUUUCAAAACCAUUCCUUUCUCAUCCCUGAGUAGUAACACAUGUACUGGCCUGCAUGGGGGUCCAGACUUAAAGCCAUGAUAGUUCGAUGACAUGUUGUGAUUUUGUCAGCUAUUCUUCAUGAUAGAAGAGAUGGCAACAUAUUUAAACAUUGUAAAAAUCUAUAAUGUGGCUUGUUUUGCCCGAUUUGAUACAAAGUCACACAAGUCUAAGUCUAAACCCCUGAUGAGAGCUAAACAUUUUCUUCCUUUGUAAAGCAUUUUCUUACUUUAAUUUUGACCAAAAUAAAUAAUUUUGGUUUGAUAUGUGUUGAACUGUAAUGGUAGGUGAGAGGAUAGAAGUCUUACUGAUAUUUUGGGGAGAAACGGUUUACUGUUUCUGCCCUUUUUGUCAUAAAUAGUUUUUUUUUGCCUCUUUUAAAUUUGUGUUCACAGCGUGAUAAACAAAUCUUGACUAAAGCUCUAGAAUCUGUGAGGACAAUUUGGUGAAAGUUCUGGGAUUAUUUUUACUUGAUUUAGUGUUUUUGGAAGAUGGGGCAUAGAAUUUGUCACCUGGAUGUCCUUAAUCACAGAUCAGCCCUACCUUUUUGAAGAUGUGUAGGUUUAGAUGUACAUCGGGAGAUGUGCUAUGGUGUUAUUCUGCCACAGCCAAUCAUCUCAUUAAUUCCUCUGUUAGUUAUUCUAAAUGAAGCUUUCUGACCGUCCAACUAAACGCUGGAAUAAAGCUGGUGUCACUAUUCUUAAGUUUAUGCAAAGCAUCACUAUUUAUGUAAAAAACAAUCUUUCUAUUGGCAAAAUGUAAACACUGGAAAGUUCUUAAAUGUUAAAAGCUUAACAGAGUAGUAUGAAUAGAAGUGAUGUUAUCGUGGGUUUGAUAAGUUACACCUCGGCAGAUCUCACAUCUUUCAGAAUUUGUAAGAUCUAAUGUGGUUCUGGCUCAUCUCUGUACAUCUGUAGAACCUGUAACACCUGUGAUUAGUGCUGUUUCCUAUUAAACACUGAUUGCUCACUUUGGUGAUUUGUAUGAGGUGGACGUCACGUCCAUACAGUAGUGAACUGUGUAUGUGUUUAACAUUUAUUUUUUUGUAAUGACUGAAGAAGCUUUUCCUGACCAUUUAUAAUUCAAGUUCUCUCUUGAAACCAGAAAAAUGGUUAACCUUUCAAUAUGUGUCUCAAUUACAUUUGUCUGCUGUUUUGAAUAAUUAAAUAAAAGGUUUUUGUCCUUAAAAAA